GUUAGAGGGACUACUAUGGAGGCAUUUGGCCUGAGGAGGACCCAGUCGCUGAGGAAUCUUUCUGGGGUUCAGGAGAGGUCAUUUUUCAUGUCAGCUCCAACCCUCCGGGACAGAAAGUCUGUGUCUCAGCUGGUACAACACUACCAAAGCUGUGCUGACCUAAGGGGUAAUGAAAACGUGGAGCUUAAACACCAGGUGUCAGAAAGCUGUGUGGAAGGUCGAUGGAGGAGGCCAGAGAGCAGGGAGACUGUGGCCCUCUGGGGAUCGGGAAGGCGCUCUAAUCUGUCCAGGAGUCGCUCCAUGGACUUUCUCCCUCAGAGGGAGUCCUCAGGCACCAGAGCUCUGUGUGCCCUAUUUGAGUCCAAGGCAAGCCUGCAGCAGAGCUUCUACAGCAGCCCUCGGCUGAACUUGAUGUCGACUGCUGGCAGCAACACAAGGAGAGACUGCCCACUGCAGGACUGGAGAUGUCAUAACACGCCUUUAAAGGACACCACUAUUCAGGAAACCUCCAAGGUGGAAGGACGAAUGAAUGGGCUCCAAGAGUCUUAUGACAGAACGUCCAGAUACUCACACGGUGAUAAAAUUAGUCCAUCACUGACUAAAGGUGUCUCCCCAACAAGACUAACAAGAGACAGGAUAUCUACUUCCUCCUCAGUGAGAGACAGAUCAGCUCUCUAUCUGUCAAGAGCAGCAGCUAUCGACUCCACAGGAGGCUCAACACAGCCAGAAUUCAUUGGUACUCCAGCAACGAGGUCUAAAAACAGUAAGAUGGCUGACACAGUCAGGAAAGUCACAGUUUCACAGUCUUCUCAUGAUGAAGAUGACCUGCCUCUCCCCCCACCUCCUCCCAUCCCCCCUAGACCCCUAGACUAUGAAGGGCCUCCAGCAUUAAGUAGCCUCCCUGUGCCUCCACCUAAAGAAACCUUCUCCACGUUCUACCAGCAACGGCAGAAGAGUGAACUGAAGAGGCUCUUUAAACACAUACACCCAGACCUACGGGCAAGUCUCGAUGAUGCAGUGGACGAUGAGAUAAUGAAGGCAGUGGAAUCAGAAAACACUCAGGCAUCAGAUGCAGCUUAUCAGGGUGAGGUGCAGUCCAUGAGGUGGAUUUUUGAGAACUGGUCUCUGGACAAUAUUGGGGAUGCUCAUGCAACUAAGAAGCUGCUGGAUGAUGAGGAGUUAAAAGGGGGAGACGUCAGAGGCACAUCCUCUAUGUUUGAGCGCAUUGACAGCACCCAACAAAUGUCUGCUAAAAGACAGACUUCUGUCAGAGGUGAUGUAAGAACAUCAACAUGGCUGUUUGAGACCCAGCCCUUAGAUUCUCUAAAUAAAUCAAAAAGAGAAGAAGGUGAACUGGUUGAGGCAGUGCUAAAAGAACCCAUUCAGCCAGGAGAUGUGAGAGGAACUCGGCUGCUUUUUGAGUCUAAGUCACUGAGUGACUUGGGACGAUGCAACUCCAUAGAAGACCAUAGCUUCCUGAAACUGAGAUCUGAGCUCCAGGAGCAGAAAGGAAACGUCCAGAAGACUGUGAAACUCUUCCAGGCAGAACCUUGCUGUGCCAUCAGAGACAACAGCGGCAAUAUCCAUGAAAUUAAAUCCAUCUGCAGGGAAGAGAUCAACAGCAGCAACUUCAGCACUGCCCGCUGGCUUUUUGAAACCCAGCCUUUGGACCUGAUUAAUAAGGGAACUGAUAGAGUGAAAAUCAUUCGGGGUAUAUCACUGGAAGAGGGGCAAAGAGGAGGAGUUGACCAAAAGAGGUGGAUGUUUGAAACUCAGCCAUUUGACACGGUACAAGAGGUCGUUGGAGCAGACAAGUUUGAAGGCACGGUGGCUGAAAGUGGAGGAGAGGCUGAUGUCGUCAGCAAAAGGAUGUUUUUUGAGAUGCAACCCUUGGCAGCAAUGAAAGGAGAUUCAACAGAAAAGUCCUUGGAAAGGGAAGAAGUAAUUGGGGGGGAUGUCAAGACUUCUCUGUGGCUGUUUGAGACUCAGCCCAUGGAGACUCUUAGUGAUACCUAUGAAGUUGGGCAUCUGAAGAAAAUUACCCUUUCAGCUGAUGAACAAGGAGAAGUAAAAGACAGAAAACAAAUGUUUGAGAGCUGCAGUAUUGAACAGAACACCUCAUUCAAAGAACAAAAAAUUGAAAAGGGCGAUGUUAAGCGAUUCAAACAUCUCUUUGAAACAAUUCCUUUGAGCAAAAUUGCUCUCUCUGAUGAGGAGAUAAUUGAGAAGGAAAAUGCCAUUGAUGCAGGAAACGUAAAAGGUAACAAAGCAAUGUUUGAGACAACUCCUUUAUAUGCAAUAAAGGACAGUUCUGGAAACCUCCAUAAGGUCACGUCAGUCAGCCGAGAGGAAUUCAUCAAAGGGAAGGUCCAAAACUAUAAGUGGAUGUUCGAGACCAAGCCUUUAGAUGAGCUUGCAGAGGGUAAAGGAAAUGUUGAGGUAAUCAAAGGCAUCACCAGACAGGAGGAUACAACGGGAGAUGUCGAGAUGGCAAAAUGGCUUUUUGAAACCCAGACAAUAGAUGGGAUUCAUUCCAAGUUCAACAAGACAGAGCAAAACUCUUCUGUAGCAGAGGAGCAUCGUACAGGUGAUGUCAAGACAUGUAAAUGGUUAUUUGAGACACAACCGAUGGACAUUUUGUAUGAAAAAUCAGAAAAAGUGAGAGAUAAAGAAACCAUUGACAAUACCAACGUCAAGUCCAUUACUUGGCUUUUUGAAUCACAGCCUCUAGACAGCAUCAAAGAUGGUGAGGAGUACAAUUUGAAGCUCUGCAGUACCAUACAGGAUUUUGUCAAAUCAGAGGUUGGUGUUCAAACAGUCAAGCAUCUUUUUGAAACAGAAACCUUGGAUAGAAUAAGAAAGGAUACGAAUUUAGAACAAGACAUGAGAUGUGUCAGCCAGGUCAACUUUCAGUCAGGAGAUGUCUCACGAGUCAAAGAACUUUUUGAAUCCCAGUCCCUCGAUGAAAUAGGAUCUGAAAUGGUGACAACAUCUGAUGAACAGAACCAAGGUGAACACGUUGAAAAAGGUUCAGUACAUAAAUUUACUUGGAUGUUUGAGAACUGUCCCAUGAACCUGAUCAAUAAGGACAAAGAUGAUGCAAACAUUCAGAGAGUGAGUGGUGAUGAGAGUGGUGAUGUCCAGAACAAAAAGUUUAUAUUUGAAACCUCGUCACUGGACAAAAUCCACAACGAACCCCUUGAGCAGAAGUUGGUCUCUGUGGAACAGUCUGUGAGCAAUGUAGAUGUGGAAUCAAGCACCAUGAUGUUUGAGUCCAUGCCACUGUAUGCCAUCAGAGACAAAGAGGGGCUGUUUCAUGAGGUGACCACUGUGAAAAAAGAGGAGGUAAUGAGUGGUGAUGUAAGAGGAGCAAGGUGGAUGUUUGAAACAAAACCACUUGAUGCCAUCAAGGCAGAGAAUGAAGUUUAUGUGAUCCGAGCUGUCACCCAAGAAGAUGUCAAAAAAGGAGACGUCAAAUCAGCCAGAUGGAAGUUUGAGACGCAACCUCUGGACUCCCUUACAGGCCGAGAGGAGCCCUCUGUCAAGGUCACUGAAGCCUUUGGAAGCAGUAAUGUGCAGCUCAGUAAACAGAUAUUUGAAUCUGAGCAGUCAUGCAAGAAGUUUGUGCGAAUGGUUAGUGUCACUGAUGUCCAGCAAGGUGAUGUCAGGACCUCCACCUGGCUCUUUGAGAAUCAAACAAUUGACAGUCUGAAAGGGGAACCUCAGGAGCAAGGUCCAGUAAAAACAGUCCACAGGGAAGACAGCCAGAAAGGAGAUGUGAAACGCUGCACCUGGCUGUUUGAAUCUCAGCCACUGGACAAGAUCAACGAGCCCGAAGAUACCUCAAAGCGAGGUGUUGAGGAGGAGAUACCAAAAGCUGAUGUGAAGUGUACUACCUGGCUCUUUGAGACCACUCCAUUGGACAAAAUCACUGCCAACAGUGUUGCUGACACCCUGUCAUAUCUAUACGAAAUGUCUUUUGUUCACUCAAGUGGAAUCAUAAUAGAAGCAAGUGAGAGUACAAAAGUUAACAUGGCUAAAUAUCUGCUUGAAAGCGAUGAAGGUGUGCAAAUCCAGAAAGAAGAGGUUGUAGGGGGUAACAUCAGGAACAUCAUGUUACAACUCCUAUUUAAACCAACCCUAAAGCCCCAAGUUACUCUUCUUAGAGAGGUGGAGAAGGGCAAAGUGAACACCAUAGUAGUAGAACUUCCAGUCUACCAGUCAGCCACAACUAUCAACCUUGAGAAGGAUCAAAGAAUACAAAACAUUGUGCAGAUGAUUGAUGAAUUGCUUGGUCAAGAUAAGGUUUUGAAAACGGGAAUCAUAAUGCAAGAGACUGCAGGGGGGCAAGCAGAGAUGUCAGUUUAUUCACUCAUCUGCAAUUAUGAAACCAAAACUGAGAGUAAUGUAAUAGAGAGGGGAGAUGUAAAGUCAACGAUUGGAAAUCUGUUAGCUACUGCUAAUAGUCAGAGGACUGCAGCAUCGUGUAGAGUGGAUGAAAAUGAAAAGGGAAACGUGAACUUAUACAAAAGUUGCAUUGAGAAAGGAGAUCUGCACUACCUGAAGAGUCUUCAUACUGAGUUGUCAGGAGAUGAAGCUGAUGACAGCCUUCUUGCUAAAGAACAGACUGAAAUAGUUCAGGGGGAUGUGAAAGAAGCAAAGAGAAGUCUCUGCCAGCAGAAAGAGCAGGUAGAGCGAACCAUUUCCGAUGUUUUGCCAGGGGAUGUACAGAACACCAAAAAAGUUUUUUCAUCAGAUUGCUCUUUCAGUGUUGAAAACUGUUUUCCAAAGGAAGAAAUAAUCCCUGGAGAUAUCUUAUCAGCAAAGCAACAACUUGCAGUAAAGCAACCUGUCAUGGUAGAAAAAGAGGAAAUUGUGGCUGGGGACAUCAGGGCAACAAUGCAGUCAUUAGAACGAGCAAAGCAACAGAGCAUGUGUGUGGAGCGGGAGAUCAUUAAACCUGGAACUAUCUAUGACAUGGAUAUGUCAGCCCAAGUUCCUGAAAUAGAAGGAAGCGCAGCACAAAAAGAGGUCAUUAUAUCCGGAGAUGUGAAAGCAGCUAAAAAAUCCCUUGAAAUGGCUAAGCAGCAAAGCAUGCAUGUGGAGCGUGAAGUCAUUGUUCCUGGAAAAAUAUACAACCUUAGUGUCUCAGCACAAGAGGAAAAUUCAUCAGCAGUGAUGCAAUCUACGUGUUCGCCUUCCUCCAGAUGCCAGCAAAUCAGGACUUAUCCAAAGGUCAGUGAUGCAGUGAAAGAUCAGGAAAGCCAUGUCUCCUUUGAGGCUUGUCAACAAAGAGCAGUUUUAGUCAGUAAUUGUGCACCACAAUCACUACCACUAUUUGUAAGUUAUGAGUGUAAUGGCCAGACAACAGGAGAUGAGACAGAAGAAGUUUUUAAAGGAGAUGUGAAGGCAGCUAUUAGGUCUCUGCAGAGUGCAGCGACAGAGCAGAAGCUCCUAGAUAAAGAAGAUAUUGUAAGAGGUAAUGUUCAAUUGGCUCUGCAAUCUCUUGAGAAAUCUAGUGUAAAUGUAUCCAAAGGAGACUAUAAAGCUGCAAUGAUAUACAGAAACUCAGGUAGGGCUUGUUCUGGGAGGAGCAAGACUGUUCACAAGCAGUGUUUUGUGGUGUCUGUGCCUCCAUCUGACACAAAAUUGUCUCCUUCAAUUUCAGUAACCUGUGAAGGACAACCAUCUAUUACAACACAGAAUUCAACACCCAACCCUGUAGCAAAUGGAAACUCAAAAUCAUCCAGCUCUGAGAGUGUAACGCCACCUCCACUCCCUCAAAAGACUAGUGAGAAACCACAGGAGCAGAAGCCAGCUUUACCACCAAAGCCACAAUGGACAAAAUCAGUAGUUGUGGAGGAACCGAAUAUUCCACUACCUCCUGCUCCCGUAGUUGCUUGCCUCAUCAAAGACAAUGGAAAAAGCGCUUUGAUUCCUAGAAAACAAAACAAACAGUUUCCUUUGCCCUCUACAGAUAAGGUACAAGAAAACAAAAUCAAUAAAGAAACACUACAUGAAACGUACCACCAAAGAUGUGUUGAUGAAACAGUGCAAGAUUCAAGUCAAACAAACGAAUGUCUACCAAUGGACUCAAAGGCUCAGGAAAUUAAGAAGAAAAAGAAAACAACACCACUUACAGGGGAAAAAUCCGACUGCCAAGUAAUGAACAGCACUGCUGAAAUCGAGAGAAAUGUAAUAAAGAAAAUUAAUGCAGCUGAGGAGAUUCAGAUGUGUAUGAAGAAUUAUGCAGAGGAUGGUAAACAUGAAAUGAGCAUGAGCUUGCAGGCUGCUCUACAUAACUUUGAAAGAAAGGAAAGUGAGACUCUGGUCAGAGGAUUUCCUUUGUUAUCCAAUAGGGUAAAAGUGAUAAAUGAUAGUGACAAUAAAUAUACCAACAAAACCACUAUGCAACAACAUGAAUCAAACCCUGAACCUCCCAAAAAGCAACACAGCAAGGCUGAAGUGCCAACAUUGGAGACCAACAGUCAGAUUGAUACAUGUCGUUUACAGAAAAAUGACCUAAAUGAAAAGCACCAAAAGCUUGAGGACAAAGUUAUUCUUAGAGAGAAGAAAGUAAAAGAGACAGAGGAUGAGCGGCGGCAGAGGCUUUCUGUCCACAAGGAGGAGAUAAUGCAAGGAAAUGUGAAGGCAGCCAUGGAAAUUUUUGAAAAUUUGAGAAAACGAGAGGAACUCAAAGGAAUUUUGUCUCAGGUACAAGAGAUAGAGGGAGAAACCAGCAGUGUUGAUGUUAGUUCUUUGAAGACAUUAUACGAGAAUGUCCCUGCUUGGAUGGUUACACCUAGCAGAAAUACUAAUCAAAGUAAAACACAGGAAAAGAAAGUUGAAGUAGAGACACAGGAUGAUGAUUUAGAAAGCAUCUCCUCAGUCGAGACUGCGUUUGAAGAUCUUGAAAAGGCAAGUAAAGAAAUAAUGAAUCUGAAGGAAGAGACUUUAGCAAAACUUCUUGACAUUGAAGAGGCAAUUAAAAGGGCUUUGUACUCCGUCUCCAAUCUAAAAUCUGAGGCUGAUAUCGCAGGCUUGUCAGGACUAUUUGAUGAAACUUUAAAAUCUGAGCGAAACCUUCAAUCUGCCAACAGCAUCAGGAAAAUAAGUAUCGUGUCAAGCAAGGCCAAAUCAGGUCAAACCAAAGAGAUGACUGACGUGAAUCUGCAAACAGUUUCUGAUUCAAGUCCUUCCAAGCAAGAAGUGCCCAGACAAGUGCACAAUAAGCCACUCAUCAGACAGUCCUCUUCCCAGUCCUCCCCCUCAUUCAUCUCCAUUCACUCAGCUGCCAGAAAACCUGCCGAACAACCAAAAUUAGGCAUGUCAACAUUUAAACCAAAAACAGAGGGUAGUUCUCCAAGUUGCCAUGAUGCAAAUAGUGAUCUGGGACAGGAGUCUGGUGCCGAGUCCUCAAAAAAUGGCCACAGUCCUGCAAAACGUAAAGUCAGUGUGCUUGAGGUAAAAACUGUUCCAGAGAAACCUGCAGGAAUGAUUGGUACAAAGACUGUCAGCGAAACAUAUGAAGAGACUGAUGGCUUUGGCAACGUAUUUGUUUCCUCCAUGACUUCAACAUUUGUCACCAAACAAUCUGACGCUAAAUUAUCUGCUAUGUUUGAAGUAGUUGGGAGUCCAACCAAAUAUGAAGUCAUGACAUCCCCAUUAAUGAGAAGAUCUGGUUGCCCUUUUGAAGAUAAAGUGUUGAGCAACGCCAAGGAGGAAGGGACAGUGUUUGUAACAUUUAGCCAACCAAAGGAAAAGCACUAAGUAAGCCACUUAUCAGACAGUGCAUUUCCCAGUCCUUUAAUUUUAGGAAAGCAGUUAUUCCAUUUGUGUAUUUAUCACAUUAUGUUAUAAUGAAAAGCUUUUGUUAGUCAUUAAACUGAUGAUCUAAAAUCAUAAAAAUGUUGACUUUUAAUUGAAAAUAUGUGUCUUAUAGAUUUUAUACUGUAACCACAUGAUAAAGUGUUAAGUUCUUUUAUUAAAGCUUAGCAUAUAGUUGAUAUUGUAUGUUCUGUUGUGUAAAUUGUGAAAUAAAUGACAGUUUAAAAGA